UUCGCUCCGCGCACUCUCCUCCCCUGCACUCCCCUCCCUUUUUACGCAAGUGAUCGCAACAAUCGAGGGCUCGCGAAUGGAGGCGGGACUCUGUUUAUUUUUUUCUCUUUGGGCAAUGAUGGAGCGUUAAGAGGAAGCCGUUUUUAACAGCGCACACACUGGGCAGCGCUCGACAACAUGCGGGGCGCGCGGUCUUUACGCCGUGCCUGUGGAUCGCUCUCGGCCGUGGAUGCUUGACUGUACACAGUGGAGCAGGAGGGGGAUCCCGCCUAGAUGGAAGGACUUCGUAUGGACAAAUGUGAAUUAACUUGGCAAGCCAUGGAGAGACUUGCCUUAAAAGGACCCAGCGCCCAUCUUUAGGCUCUUUUUGGUGGACUUUUUUUAAACCGUCACAAGGCUUUUGGGUCUUCUCCAUCGCCAUGGCCGAGAAACUGGGACCCGCCGGGCUCAAGCCCGCCAACGUCCUACCCCUUCCCUCCGUGCCGCCGGAACCCAUCGACAUCAUCCGCACUAAAGCCCGCUCGCGCCGGGUCCGCCUGAAUGUCGGGGGCCUAAACCACGAGGUCCUGUGGCGGACUCUGGACAGGCUGCCGAGGACCCGCCUCGGCAAGCUGCGGGACUGCAACACGCAUGAGUCCCUGAUGGAGGUGUGCGAUGACUACAGCCUAAACGAGAACGAGUACUUCUUUGACCGCCACCCAGGGGCUUUCACAUCUAUCCUGAAUUUUUACCGCACGGGCAAGCUGCACAUGAUGGAGGAAAUGUGCGCCCUUUCCUUCGGGCAGGAGUUGGACUUCUGGGGGAUUGAUGAGAUCUAUCUGGAGUCCUGCUGCCAGGCUCGCUACCACCAGAAAAAGGAGCAGAUGAACGAGGAGCUGCGAAGGGAGGCGGAGACCAUGAGGGAACGUGAGGGAGACAGCGAGUUCGACAACACUUGCUGCCCAGAGAAGAGGAAGAAGCUGUGGGAUCUCCUGGAGAAGCCUGGCUCCUCUGUGGCUGCCAAGAUUCUGGCCAUUUUAUCUAUCCUGUUCAUCGUCCUCUCCACCAUUGCGUUGUCACUCAACACCUUAAAAGACCUUCAGGUGACGGAUGAGUUUGGCCAAGCCAACGACAACCCUCAGCUGGCACACGUGGAAGCCGUGUGUAUCGCUUGGUUCACCAUGGAGUACCUGCUGCGCUUCCUCUCCUCGCCCAACAAGUGGAAGUUCUUCAAGGGUCCACUCAACGUCAUAGACCUGUUGGCCAUCCUCCCCUACUACGUCACCAUCUUCCUGACUGAGUCCAACAAGAGUGUGCUCAAGUUCCAGAAUGUGCGGCGUGUGGUGCAGAUAUUCCGGAUCAUGAGGAUACUGAGGAUCCUCAAGUUGGCCAGGCACUCCACGGGGCUUCAGUCUCUGGGUUUCACACUAAGACGGAGCUACAACGAGCUGGGGUUACUCAUUUUGUUCCUAGCCAUGGGUAUCAUGAUUUUCUCCAGCUUGGUCUUCUUCGCCGAGAAGGACGAGGACGCCACCAAGUUCACCAGCAUCCCCGCCUCAUUCUGGUGGGCUACCAUAACUAUGACCACAGUGGGCUACGGGGACAUUUACCCGCAGACGUUACCUGGAAAGAUCGUCGGGGGUCUCUGCUGCAUCGCAGGGGUGCUGGUCAUCGCCCUGCCUAUUCCCAUCAUUGUCAACAACUUCUCCGAGUUCUACAAGGAACAGAAGAGGCAGGAGAAGGCCAUCAAGAGGCGGGAGGCAUUGGAGAGAGCCAAGCGCAACGGCAGCAUCGUGUCUAUGAACCUCAAAGACGCCUUCGCCCGGAGCGUGGAGCUCAUGGAUGUCAUGGUUGAUAAAGGAGAGGAUACAACCUCCCUGGACAACCACCUGUCACCACGCCGCUGGGGAGGCUCCACCAGGUCGGCCGGCUCGGAAGGCAACCUCAAGUUGCCAGAUAAGAGGACCCCGGAGAAUGCAGUGGGUCCGCCGAAUUCCCCCCACCGGAUCACCAUCGGCACCACCGGGAGUCCACAGUGGACGAGUAGAACCCCGCAGCACCUCAACGUCCAGAAGCUGGAGGAGCUGUACAACCAGAUGACCAAGUCGCAGUCCUUCACCAACCUCCACACGGCCAGCUCCUUGAGCACGCUGAGCACCACCAUUGCCGGCCCGGGCUCGCCUAAGAGGUCCCACAGCCCCGAGACCACACUCAAGGAAGAGCUGGAGAUGAAAGAGGUGGAUGGAGCCAAGACCAGACACCUGCAGGUGCCUUCGCCUCUCCAUCUUACCUCGGUUCAGCUUUCUAAAGAGAACAUCCUCAAAGACGGCUUCUAUCAAUCUGUCAACCGGGGUGAUGGCUCGGAACUCCGUAUUGAUGAAGGUGAGAGUUUCAGUAGCGCCGUGGAGAACAUACAAAAAUCUCUUCGCGGGAACAACCCUCUUAAAAUCAAGGCGGGAAAGACAUCCACAGAGGGCCCGCCGACGCCGCCCAGCACCUCGUCUCCUGGAGACAUCAGCUCCAGCAUCGUGGAGGAAGAGUCGCCAGAGGGGGAGACGUCGCCUCUAAUGGCCAGCUCGGAGGCUCUCAUCCGGGCCGCAGAGGACGACCACAUGGCAGAGGAGGCCGGCCCGUUGGUGGACACCCCGCCCGGCGAUGAGGGCCCAUCCUCGGAGAACCGCCUGAUGGACGUGGCCGGCGCUACAGCCGUGCCCCAAUCGCCCAGGAGCACGACACAAAACUGUAGCCAAGGUGUGGUCGGGGCCGGCGAGGGGGAGGCCGACCGAAACGGACACAAAGUGGAAAACCACAUCUUCACGUCCGACAUCCACCUGAUACCCGGAGACACCGGGCUCUCGCCCACCUGCGAGACAAGCAUGUGACUGCAAGAAAGGCCCUUGAAAGAUGUUUUUGCAUGGCAUAGCGAGUCCCUUUUCCCGGUGUCGUUGUCUAUCGCCCCGACAAGAAGCCGUUGUCCAGAACGAUUCCGUCCACCAAUUCGUCCACCGGUGGAAACAGUUUCCCCUUGUACAUAAAAGACUUGGAGAAAAAAAACCUUCAUUUUCCAAUGCACAGAUGAACUGAUCUGUAAAUUAGCAUGCUUUUCAAUAAAAGAAAGACUCAUCUUUUUCGGUGCUUUGUUUGCUAUGUAAAUACUCAGACAUGAAAGGCAAAGACAUUGCAUGUGACCAGAAAAGAAAAAAGAAAGAACGGUACCGUUGUUAGCAAUGUGAAAAACGGCAGAACAACCAUUGUAGCGACCUAUUUAUUAAAAAUAACAUAUCAUUCAUUACCUUUUGGGGAAAAUGCAAAGUGUUCCUGUGAUGAUCCUGUAAAUUUUUUUUGAUGUGUAAAGUUCUUCAAGUUUAAGUUCUGCUAUUCAAUCACUGAAUUAAGGAGUUAGCAAAAGAACAAUCCAGUGUUUGGAAACAAAAGUAUAUAUCAAAAACAUACUGUAAUUGUAACAGACACAUCAGCUUUUGGGGAGCUGGUGGCCUACUGGUUAGCACAGUUGUUUCACAAUUUGGAGGUUGUAAGUUUGAGUCUCACAAAAAUAAGAGCUUACAAAACCGAAUAAUUUUUUUUUUUAUCUCAAAAUAACAUAAUUUCCCUGUAAAUCCAAAACAU